GCGCGGCGAGGAGGCAGCGGGCGAGGAGGAAGCGGGGGGAGGCGGCGGGAGCUGCGAGUCCGCGGGCCGGGAGGACGCCAUGGGCCGCCUGCACUGCACGCAGGGCCCGGUGCCGGAGGCUGUGGGCGGCGACAUGCAGCAGCUGAACCAGCUGGGCGCGCAGCAGUUCUCAGCCCUGACAGAAGUGCUUUUUCACUUCCUAACUGAGCCUAAAGAGGUGGAAAGGUUUCUGGCUCAGCUCUCUGAAUUUGCCACCAUCAAUCAGAUCAGUGUUGGCCCCCUCAGAAGCAUCGUGAAAAGCUUCCUUCUGGUUCCAAAUGGUGCCUUGAAGAAGAGUCUCACAGCUGAGCAGGUCCGGGCUGAUUUCAUAACUCUGGGUCUUAGUGAAGAGAAAGCCACUUACUUUUCUGAAAAGUGGAAGCAGAAUGCCCCCACCCUUGCUCGAUGGGCCAUAGGUCAGACUCUGAUGAUUAACCAGCUUAUAGAUAUGGAGUGGAAAUUUGGAGUGACUUCUGGGAGCAGUGAACUGGAAAAAGUGGGAAGUAUUUUUUUACAAUUAAAGUUGGUGCUUAAGAAAGGAAAUCAGACUGAAAAUUUAUAUAUAGAGUUAACCUUGCCUCAGUUCUACAGCUUCCUGCAUGAGAUGGAGCGAGUCAGAACCAGCAUGGAGUGUUUCAGCUGAUUUCUGUCCCCCUGCAUCUCCACCUUUGCCCUCCCCUGCUGCCUCUGCUUCUGUGGGUGACUGCUCUGAGAAGCACCUCACUCACAGGCUGGUGGGGCACUGAUUUGGCCCUCCUUGCUUCUUGGGAGCCCAGGUGCAAAGGCUUCUGAAAAACAACAGGAUUAAGUACUUAAAGAGCCCUACACAAUUGUUCUGUAAACUCUUUGUUAAGGGAACCUCCACCACCUAUCACCCAGGACACUUGUUUGAUAUUCAAACAGGCUAGCAUCUCAGAUUCAGGGAGGAAAUAAGUGAGUUCCCUCCCCAUCAAAGUUCCAGAGUAAACAAAUGGUGCCAUCACUGAAGAUACAGGCUGAUCAUCCUGUAUUUCUAUUCUUUCUCCCUAAAAAAGCAAGGGCUUGUUUAUAGCUGAGGAAGAGGCUGGCUCUGAGAAUGACACGUUAGGAAUCCCCAACAGGAUUUUUACACACUGUGGUUUUGGUGAUGGUGCACUGCUAAUCCGUUUUUUGGUGUGUUUUUUUCUUUAUUGUUGGAAGUAUUACAUAUGUUGCUAAUCAGUUUUAAUAGGGCAACUAUGUACAGAUACAUGUUUGGCCUACUCUGAAAAGAACGGAGGCUAGACUGUCUUCAUUUCUGGUUUUGCCCUAUUGUGUUGUAAUGAAGCAGGCCUUUUUUGAGGCUGUUACAGCUGACCACUUUUGGUUCAAGCUGACCACCUUUGUUGGUUAGAUGAUUAAUAAAAAAGGUUCCAAAGAAAGAGUCUGCAUCCAGUUGUCUUUGUGUGUGGAGUAAAGAGUCCUCUGCCUUGCAGAGAGUUACUGAUCUGAUCUUCAAAAAUUACUUCCCUGGUUUUGGUGAAGGCCCUGGGUCUUCAGUGAAAUUAGCUGUGGUUCGAGGUUGGAAUUUGUAAGAGCAGUUCAGGGGAAACUUGGGUUAAAAACAUGAAAAGCGGAGCAUAUCACUGCUUUGUGUUGAGAUGACCUUAGCCACCACUCUAGCAUGUGACUUCCUCCUACCUCUCCCCUCAGAAAUUAAAAAAAAAAUUUUUUUUAAUUUUAUUUAUUUAUUGAUUUUUAAAAAAUAUAUUUUAUUGAUUUUUUACAGAGAGGAAGGGAGAGGGAUAGAGAGUUAGAAACAUCGAUCAGCUGCCUCCUGCACACCCCCUACUGGGGAUGUGCCCGCAACCAAGGUACAUGCCCUUUGACCGGAAUCGAACCCGGGACCUCUCAGUCCGAAGGCUGACGCUCUAUCCACGGAGCCAAACCGGUUUCGGCGUUACUGAUUGAAUUUAGGAGAGAGAGGAACAAUCAAUUUAUUGUUCUACUUAUUCAUGCAUUAAUUGGUUGAUUCUUGUAUGUGCCCUAACCAGGUAUUGAACCCACAGCCUUGGCAUAGCAGAAUGACACUCUAAUCAACUGAGCUACCCUGCCAGGCCAACAUUUUUUGAAUAGAUAAUAUAUACCCAUGACUCAAGAGAUACAGUGUAAAGUAAUUCCUUCUUACCCUCAUUUCCCAGUUACCUAGUUCCCCUCCCCAGCGGCAACUACUGUUAUUAGUUUAUUCUGUGUAUUUCUGUAAUGUCAUGCAUUUGCAAAAAUAUAUGCAUAGAGUUUGACUUUUCCUCCCACACAAAUGAUAUUGUACUAUAUGCAUACCUUGCUUUUUUCCACUUAACUUGGAAAUCAUUCCACAUCAGAACAGAGAGAGCAGCCUCAUUCCUUAUAACAAAUGUACCAUGUUUCUUCAAAUGAAUGGUUUAUUUAACCAGUU